AUGCUGGCCAUUGCCAUGGACAUGGUAACCCUGGUGAGCCCCGUGCUCCUGGACGAAGAGGGGAAGGAGGGCUUCCAAUGCCCAGGGGAGGGGUGCUCUGGGGCGGGUGUGGGCGUCCCCCACCUCUCCCUGCAGCAGCACCCUCCUAUCUGCUCAGAGCAACACAGUAGUUCUCAUUCUGGGGCCCUCAGCCCAGCCGCCCCAGCACUACCUGGCAACUUCCGAGAAGCCCAAGUUCUUGGGUCCCACCGCAAGCCAGCUGGGAAGAAAUCACAGGAUCCUCCUCAUCUUUUUCCUGCCUUCCAUCCUCCUGUACCAAUUGAUGCAAGACAUCAUGAAGGCCGCUACCAUUACGACCCGUCUCCCAUCCCUCCGCUGCACGUGCCUUCUGCCUUGUCUAGUAGCCCGACGUAUUCAGACCUGCCCUUCAUUCGGAUCUCCCCGCACCGGAACCCUGCUGCAGCAUCCGAGUCUCCCUUCAGCCCUCCGCAUCCCUACAUUAACCCUUACAUGGACUACAUCCGGUCUCUGCAUAGCAGCCCAUCCCUCUCCAUGAUCUCAGCAGCCCGGGGGCUGAGCCCUACAGAUGCUCCCCAUGCUGGAGUCAGCCCAGCGGAAUACUACCAUCAGAUGGCUCUGUUAACUGGCCAGCGCAGCCCCUAUGCAGACAUCCUCCCCUCGGCUGCCACCGCCGGUGCUGGGGCCAUCCACAUGGAAUAUCUUCAUGCCAUGGACAGCACCAGAUUUCCCAGCCCCAGGCUGUCAGCCAGGCCGAGCCGAAAACGUACACUGUCCAUAUCACCACUGUCCGAUCAUAGCUUUGACCUUCAGACCAUGAUAAGGACGUCUCCCAACUCCUUGGUCACAAUUCUCAAUAAUUCCCGUAGCAGCUCUUCAGCAAGUGGCUCCUAUGGCCACUUAUCUGCAAGUGCAAUCAGCCCUGCCUUGAGCUUCACCUACCCUUCUGCGCCCGUCUCCCUCCACAUGCAUCAACAGAUCUUAAGCCGCCAGCAAAGCUUAGGCUCUGCCUUUGGACAUAGCCCUCCACUCAUCCACCCUGCCCCAACUUUUCCAACACAGAGGCCUAUUCCAGGGAUCCCUGCAGUUCUGAACCCCGUCCAGGUCAGCUCCGGCCCUUCCGAGUCCUCACAGCAGAACAAGCCCACAAGUGAAUCUGCGGUGAGCAGCACGGGUGACCCAAUGCACAACAAGAGGUCCAAGAUCAAACCUGACGAAGACCUGCCCAGCCCGGGGGCCCGGGGGCAACAGGAGCAGCCGGAAGGAACAACCCUAGUCAAGGAGGAAGGGGACAAAGACGAAAGCAAACAGGAGCCCGAAGUCGUCUAUGAGACCAACUGCCACUGGGAAGGCUGCACCAGGGAGUUCGACACCCAGGAGCAGCUUGUGCACGUAAGUGAGGGCGCUGUAGGCUGGGCUCUGCAGCGCUGCGACCCUUGCCACGGAG